AUGGGCUUCUGCGGCGAGUGCGGCUCGUAUCUGGCCCCGGACCUGCAGGGCGCCUUCUGCCCCGAGUGCGGCGAAGCCAUCCCCGGCGCCGCGCCGGCCCCCGCUCCUGCUCCCGCGCGCCACGUGACGUUUGCCCCCACGCCGGACGUUGAGGGUGCCCGCCAGUCGCGUGAAGCGGCGGAGCUACUCGCACACGAGGCGCGCAUGCACGCCGACGCUAGCCAGCAGGAGGCGGCCAAUGCCAUCGCGCAGUACGAGGCGCAGCAGCGCGCGCAGGUGGAAGCUCAAGCUACUAGAGAGAAUGAGGCGCGCGCCAUCGCCGCUGAGAACGAGCGCCGCGCCAUCGACGCGCAGCGGGACGAAGCUGCGCGCCGCCGAGAGGAGGCGGAGCGCCAGGCUCAGGACGCGCGCGACCGUGCCGAGGCCAUGCGCCUAUCCGCGCAGAACGCCAUCUCGGACUACGAAGCGCAGCAGCGUGCGGCGGUGGAGCGCGAAAACGCGCGUCGACAGCAGGAGCUGGAGGCGCAGAGACAGCAGCAUCUGCAGGUAGCGCAGCAGGCGCGUGAACGGCGCGAGGAAGCCGAGAGACUGGCGCAGGAGAAGCUGGCCAGAGCGGAGCGACUGCGCGCUGAGGCGCAGGCCGCUCAGGAGGAGCUGAAGAAGCAGGAGGCCAAGCGCGCGGCCAAGGAGAAACAGAGAGAGGAGGCGACACGACUUCGGGAAGAGCAGGCUCGACGCGAAGCGAACCGCCGCCAGGCGGAGGAGGAAGCGCGCAAGGCGUUCGAAGCCAAGCGACAGGAGGAGCAGCUGCGCCAGGAAGCUUUGCGACUGUCGACGCUGUCAGUGUCCUCGACGGGUUCGAGCGCCGCAGCCCCAGCGGCGGCCCCUGCUGCUGCGUCCAACUCGUGUGUGAGCUGCCAUGCGGCCUUGAAGCCCGCGCAGAAGUUCUGCUUGCAGUGUGGAACGAAGGUCGUCGCUGCUGCCCCUGCCGCCGCUCCUGCCUCUUUCACGCCGAGCAACAGCUUCUCGUCGCCUGCCCCGUUCCCACCAAGCAGUAGCUUCUCAUCGGCCCCUCUGCAGCGCACGAGCUCGUCUGCGUCGAACUCGUCGUCAUCGUCAUCGCUCGUUGGCGGUGAGCACAGCUGCGCGUCGUGCCAUUUCACACUUAAGGCCACGCAGAAGUUCUGCCCGAAGUGUGGCACGAAGGGCGCUGCUGCCGCUCCGCCUCCAGCGCCCGUCGCGGCUUCAUCGCCUGUAUCGUCCAUCAGCUCGUCAUCAUCAUUUUCAGCGCCGGACCCGACUCCAGCAGCUCCGAGCGCCUGCACCAAGUGCAGCCAGCCACUGAAGCCGACUCAGAAAUUCUGCCUGCACUGCGGGACCAAGGUGGCACCAGCCGCUGUACCUGCAUCGACCCCAAGCUUGUCGUCUUCAUACACGUCCGUUCCGCUGCCAGCCCCGAUCCCGACCUCGGGGUCAUGGUCGGCGCCGUCUUCGCAGCCCAGCACGAAGAACUGUCCGACCUGCAGCAAGGAGUGCAAGUCCACCGCAAAAUUCUGCAUGGGCUGUGGCUUCAACUUCGCCAAGAGCGACGAAGAGGAAGUUGCUCGCAACAUGGAGGCGGCGCGUCUGCGCCAGCAACAAAUUCGCGACCGCGAACAGCAGCAGCGCAACCAAGCCUCUCUCAUGGCCAACCAGGCCGCGCAGGCUUACCAACCCUCCUGGUAG